AGCUUGCUAGGAAUGAGAGUAAACAACGUUUUAUGAUUGGAUAACAAGACAUAUCUUAUUCGACUUCAAAAACCUGAUUUUAAAGCUACAUUGUUACUUGAAUCUGGUAUACGUAUUCACACAACAGAAUUUGAGGGCCCUAAGAACAUGAUGCCGUCUAGUUUUGCCAUGAAGUGUCGAAAACAUUUGAAGAGUCGGAGAUUAGUCAGUGCGAAACAACUUGGUGUGGAUAGAAUUGUGGAUUUCCAGUUUGGAAGUGAUGAAGCUGCUUAUCAUUUAAUCAUUGAGCUCUAUGAUAGGGGGAACAUUGUUCUCACAGAUUAUGAGUACCUAAUUUUAAAUAUCCUAAGGUUUCGAACUGACGAAGCAGAUGAUGUUAAGUUUGCUGUUCGUGAACGCUAUCCCAUUGAUCAUGCUAGAGCUGCUGAACCUUUGUUGACUUUAGAAAGAUUAACUGAAGUAGUUAACUAGUGCUCCUAAAGGUGAACUGCUGAAGAGAGGUUCUUAAUCCGCUAACUUC